UGUUUUUCUCCUCUGGUAUUGACAGGAAGUGUAUAAACCUCAUAGGAAAUACAAGAGACAGGUUGAAGCAGGAUCCCUGUUGGACGAGGAGUACAGGGUUCACUCCACUCUAUUGGAGUACGGAAGGCAGAGGACCGGAAAGCCUUGUUGAUGCCAGGCUCUCAGGCCACACCCCCAGGGAUUACAGAGGGGUCGCAGGAGGAGGAGGAGUACCUGCAGGCAGCGGAGGUCUAAAACCAACCGCAGCCCCAUGUCCAAUACUACAGAAAUGCAUCCCUCUUUGUGAUGAUGUCCCUGACUCCCUGUGAUAUAUCCUCUCAGCUGCGCAUCAAAACACUGAUGCCCAGCAUGGCUGCCAUGGUGACAGGAGGGGAGGCUAACGGCUAGCACAGUGGGACAGAUAGUUGGGCUGCAGUCUGAGGAGAUGAAACAGAUAGCAUCUGAGUAUGCUGAGAAGUUGGAGAGGUCUGCAGAGGACCGUCCAGAGUGGUACGGGCCAAUCCAGCAGCACCGUAGGAUAGUGACCUCUCUGAACAAACAGAUCCAACAGAAGACCAAGCAGUUGGAGGAGCUACAAGCCAAACACUUGGGUGUAAAAUCAGGGUGUGUGGAAGCUAAGAGCAAACUGUUGGAGGCCACAGAGCAGACCGAGAGACUGGAGAAAGAGCUGAGUGCCCUUGAAGAGGCUGAGGGCCAGGCUGAUACUGGACUGUUGGAGAAGCUGAGGGCUCUGGUAGGCAUGAAUGAGAACCCGAAGCACCAAGAGCAGGAGUUCCAGACACAUUGUAGAGAGUAGAUGGUUCGCCUGCAGCAGAACAUUGAGGACCUGAAGAUGGAGUCAGGAGAUGAUACAGAGGAUGAGAAGGAGAGGAGUCAGCUAAUCGACAAGCAGUACAACACAGACAGAGAUAAGCUACAGAAGAUCAGACUGAUGAUGGCUUGGAGGAACCGUGAGAUCGCCAUCCUGCAGAGGAAGAUAGACGAGGUGCCGAGCAGGGCAGAACUGAACCAGUAUCAGAAGAGUUUCAGCAACACAUAAGGAGACCAAGCAGUUCUUCACCUUGUAUUACACAUUAGAUGACAAGAAGGUGUACCUGGAGAAGGAGGUGAACUUGCUGAAUUCCAUCCAUGACAACUUCCAACAGGCGAUGGCGUCUUUGGGGGCCAAGGGGCAGUUGAGACAGAUGGAGCAGAUAGUGGUGGGAAUCAAACAAAGCCGCAUUAAGAUGGAGAAGAAGAAGCAGGAGAAUAAGAUGAGGAGAGACCAGCUGAAUGAUGAGCUGCUGGACAAACAGAGGCUCUACUUCAAAACUGUCAAGGACUUCAAAGAGCUGGUAGAGGUGCACACAGGGAGAUGGCAGGUGCCGCUGCCCCAGCUGAAGGUGCUGCGGACGGCUCUGACCUGCUUCACCAGAGCCACUGUUGCCUACCCCGAUGACUGUCAGCACGUCAAUUAUGCUCUCAGCAGCUUGGCUUUGAGCUUCUUUGAGCUGAUGUUGUUCUUCGGGAAAGAGGAGUUCCUAGAAGCCCCCCUGAGGGACAUAUUAGCCUCUUUUCAGGCCUGUCAUCGCCGCCUGCUGAGACACAGGAACGUGUACCUGCUGCAGGUGAGGCAGAUCAUCAAAGAUGGCGGUCCCUGGGAGAGACCCGCUCUGCAAUCCAUCCUGAAAGACACAGCCCUCACACAGACAGAAGUGGAGAAGUAUUUGAGCUCAGAGAAGCCAAUGUUCUUUGAGCUGCGUGUGCGGUACCUGCAGGCCUGUGAGCGCGUGCAGGAGGCCAUGGCCCUGGCUAAGUGCUGCCUGGAGCACCCAGAGGUGUGGAGGCACCUGUUCUUCCACCAGGCCUACCUCACAUGCCUGUACAAGGCUUCACUACAUCAACACCUGCACGAAGAGAUGGCUGAGAUAGAUGGCAGAGAUGCAGUAGAGAUAAUCUGUAAUGCAGAGAGCCAGGAGAAAGAUGAGCUGCUGCUGUCUCUGUGCAAAGCCUUCCUCAGCCAACGGCUACACAACGGAGACAUGUACUACAUCUGGGAUCUGGUGUUCUUGUGGAGCAGACUGUACCUCAGGGCCCAUCCCUCUAAGCAGGGAUUCCUGUCUGAGUGUCGCCAGCUGAUGCUCUCCGCCAUCAACGCCAGCGCCAUCUUCCCCUUCAUCAAAGUCAUCACAGCAGAGAUGGGUAGUGAGGGAGUGCCCUUGUGUGUGGAGCUUUGUGCUACAGCGUUACAGACAGACCUCCAGUCUGACCCUGUAACACGCUGUCUACUGUGUAAGACCAUCGCCUUCCUGCUCCCCAGGGACCUGGAGGUAUGUCGCCUCUGUGCCCUGCUGGCGUUCUGUCUGGAACGUAGCAUGGAGGCCUACAAGACCAUGUAUCUGCUCUACACAUACCCCGAUGAGGAGCCACACCCCCAGCACACCCAUGUCAGAACCAACAUCCGCUUCUAUAUCCUACAGGUGCUGAAGGAAGGUCUGUUCUUUGACCCAGAGUUCUGGAAUCUGCUGACCCUGAGAACCCACUGUCUGGAGCUGAUGACUGACAAGGCCAUGAGGGAUGCUCUAAACGAGCUGAAGGAGGAAGAGGAGUUGGAGCAGGUGGAGGAGGAGUGGAUACCAAGCUACUGGAUGGAGGAGGAGACAUGCAGAAUACACACAGAUGCCUCCCACCUCCACCCACACACUAACACAGCACUGGAGAGCUCUGACACUGUAGGUCAGGAACCCGAAGAGGUAUUGAAUGGGGAUGCUUCUGAGUCACAGACAGAGGACUUCCCUGUGAGGAGGAGGAGGAGGAGGAAGAGGAGGUGGAGGAGAAGAAAGUGUAGGUCAGAUAUUGAGUAUGCUGACGACCCAGACAUUAAGUACUCCCUCAUUCACAAUCUCAGUUCUGAAAGCUCCACCAAGCUACCGGCCAAUCGGCAGAGAGAAUACCUGGCCAGACAUGUGAAGAACAAGAUCCUGAAGAGACGCAACAGGAAACCAAGAUGGCUGCUCCUGGAGAUGACCAGACAGACGGAGAACAUAUCCCCAGGGGGAAUGAGGGAGAAGCGACGGGAGGGAAUGAGAGGAGAGGAUAAGAGACAGGGAGGGGAGGGGAAAGAGAGGGGGCAUGAAAAGGAAAAUAAGAGAGAGAUGAGGCAGGGAAGGGAGAGUAAGAGACCUUACCGUCGGACUAUAUCUGGCAUGGAGCUGUCCUUCCCUGAAAAUGAAGUGCCUGUUGACCGGGAAGUGGUAGAGAGUCAUCUAGAACCCAGUGUUCGUAUUAAACAACAGCACAGUGAGUCUGAGAAAUAUGUUAACAUGGGACUGCCUAAUGGUGUAUAUGGUGAGAGACCGUUUAAGUAUAAACCAGAGUCAGACGUGGAGACUUUGGCGGUGGAGACUUCGGCGGUGGAGACUUUGGAGGUGGAACCUUUAAAAGUGGAGCCUUCAGAGGUAGACCCUUCAGAUGCAAAGCCUUUAGACUCCAAACGUUCAGUAGUAGAGCCUUCUGACAUAGAGCCUUCUGACAUAGAGCCUUUAGAAGUAGAGCCUUUAGACGUGAAGGUUUUAGAAGGUCCCAGUGAGCAAACUGACCCAGAGUUGGAUGGUCCAGCCUUGGAGAUGGAGGAGUGUCCACUGAAACUGUUCCACAUCUACGCCAAACUUUCCAAAGGGACAGCUGCUAAGGAACUACUUUCUAGAGAAAGUGAAUUCACAGUGACAGAGGCGGGACCAGACUCAAACACUCAGGGUGAACAGACCAAGCCAGGCAAGGCUCCAGUACGCUCCAAACACCUGCGCUUCCACUGCAGCCACUGCCAGAAACUCUUCAAGGGAGGCAACGUGGUGAGACACACCCUGGCCCACCUGAAGCUGAGAAAGACCAGGCUCAGCUGUGUCUUUUGCGGCAAACACUUCCAAAGGUACAACCGCGCCAGAGAACACGUUCUAGAGCACAUAGAGGAACUGAGAACUUCCACAGCCAACAUUAAGGUCAAACCCACUGUCAAUGGGGAGACAUAUCCCUCAAAGAAUAUUAAUCAAGCUUCAGAGAACGAAGCAAAACCUGUUGAGAACGUGACUGAGCCCUCGACUUCGACGGACCAGCCUCCUAAACCCAAACGUGUUAAAGCCAAGCCGGUGGUGAGCAAGCAGAGUAGAAUCAUCCAGAACCUGAGAAACCUGAUCAGAAAGACCCAGAACCAGAAGUGUAAAAUGGACAUGGACAACCUGAAGUCUAUGGAAGUGACUGAUGAACAGGUGACUGUGAAAGACAAAGUGGUGAUCGUGAGAGAGGUGGUGCCUGGGAAGGAGACAGAGGGAGGAGAGGACAAGGAGAGCGAGGGAGGAGAGGAGGAGGGGAAGCAGAAGCAGUACCACCUGUGUCCUUCAGAGGGCUGUGACAGCAUCUUUAUGAAGAUCGGCCCAUCGCUGCUGAGACACGCUGUCACCUACCACAUGGAGGACGCAGCCGUCCUGGACAAGACCUUCCAGUGGGGGAAGGGGAAGUGCCAGAUCUGCCAGAGGCUCUUGUUGGUGAUUGAGCACUACAGAGACCACAUGAAGCUCCACGAUGCUCCUCUAAAACAUGCGUGUCUCCACACGAAUUGUGACCAACGCUUCAAGACUGCCCAGGAGCUCAAAGACCACAUAGACACCCACCGCCCUCUCCAGGCCCCCUGUGGGUACUCCGGCUGUAGGGAGAUCUUCUUUACCCUCCCCUCUCUCCACGACCACGAGUGGAGGCACUAUACCCAGCCCCAGUCUAAAGACGAGCUGGAGCAGGGCGCUACCACAGAGCUGAGCCCUGAGGGCGAGGCCCCCUGGAAACAGAGGGCGAAGAGCCAGGAUGUGACAGUGCACGGGUGGAGGGGGCAGAGGGAAACGCCUACUCCCAAAAGCAGGCGCUCUGAUCCUCAUGAGAAGUGCCUUCACUGUAACAGGUACCUGUGGAACCACCAGCACUUCCUAGAACACAUGAAGAUCCAUGAUGCUCCUCUGAAACAGGUGUGUCUCCACCUGAACUGUGGCCAGCGCUUCUACAGAAGCCACUUACUCUGGGAGCACAUGGAUACGCACCUGCCUCUCCAGGCCCCCUGUGGGUACUCUGGCUGUGGGCUGAUCUUCUCCCGUCUCCCCUCUCUCCACGACCAUGAGUGGAGGCAUUACAUCCAGGGCCAGGCUAAUGACGAGCCGACAGAGGAGCAGAGCGCAUCCAAAGAGGAGGGGCAGACUCCGGAGUCAGACACCAACGGUAACGACUAUGAUGGCCCAAUGGAGACUCCAGGCACUGUUCAUGGUGCUGUCACCACACCUCCUAAUCAUUGCACACUGAAACUCAUCAACGGCCAUGAUGAAAAGGAUAAGAAAGACAAAGGCCCCGAGACAGCCGUCCCUGCCACCACUACCACCUCUCCCACACCCCCAUCCCAAACCACCACAUCCACACACCCCCAUCCCAGAAUCCUCCAAAACAUCACUGAGCCAAUGACCAUGAGGGACGUGGACAAUAUCGUCAGUUUGGCUCAGGUGGUGCCUGGCGGAGAGGAACCGGUUAUCGCGGAACACAAGACCUUAAAACAAGAGGAUCCUUCCUACCUACCACUGGCCAAAGCUCCCCUCAUCCGCCCGCCCCCCUCUACAUACCUGACCGAGGCAGCCCUCAGCAUGCGCAAGCGCAGGAAGCCCAGCGAGGUCACUUCCUGCGGGCCUGGCAAAAAGAGUAAGGCUGCUGUAAAGAGGAGUGUGGUGGGGAAGAAGGAGGUGGUGGCUGAGAAGGAGGCCCCUCAAAGACAGCGCUGCUCCAAGUGUUUCUCCUCCUUCACUAGCACCGAAGAACUGGAGAAACACCUCUCCCAAAAUACCUGCUCCUCCCUCUUCAGCUUCGACUCCGAUGACGACAGUGAGUAGCGUUAGUGGUGAAGGGGAGUGAAAUGCUCUUCAUGUUCAAGCACUACAGAGACCAUAUGAAGCGCCACAAUGCUCCUAUCAGACAGGUGUCUCCACUUCUGUGUUAUAUCUGUACUCUCUGAACUGGGCCUAAUACAGGCACUACUAGCAGACAGUCGGCUCUGAGAGCUGUAGGGCCAGACUCGUGGCCUGAAGUUUGCCGGGCACUAAAAAUACAACACACACAACCAUCUGGAAUCAGUGUUACUGCUACACUUCCCUGUACAUACAUGUGGACCGAACAGUACUGCCUUUGUCAUUACACUUCUUUGUUCAAUUCUUAUUUGCUUUAAAAUCAAUAUGAAGAAUCACACAGUAGGUAUGGUGCUUCAAAAGUCAUUCUAAUUGUAUUCUUAGGCAUAAGUUUUAGUUGGCACAUAAAAUCUAUAUUUUAGUUCAGUAUUUUAACUGAUUUUGUUCUGACAAAUUAAACUGUUUCACAAUGUAUUAGAAAUGGAUCAUCUAUGCAUUUAAUUUAAAUAUUUUGUAAAAGUGAUUCCAAAAUUCAUUUGAGAAUAAAAAUCACUGUUGAAGAGCCCAUAAUGGGAUGAAUAUGGUGAUGUGCACUUACCUGCAUUGGUUGUUUAUAUGUACAAAUGUUAUAAGUUUGUACUCAAUGAAAAUAUACUCAAUUCAACUCUAUUUUUCUUAAAGAAAAGUCACUUGUUUUCAAUAAACAAUUUCCAGUAUGAA